AUGAUUGCGCGGUCGGCGCUGGACGAGGUCACCUACACGGGCGACUUCGACCGGUCGCCAUCCACCUUCCGGAGCUCCGUUUCUAGGGACGGGCGGUUCCCCACCGUGGCAGGGCGGUACCACCUCUACGUCUCGUACGCGUGCCCCUGGGCAUCCCGGUGCCUCGCCUUCCUCAAGCUCAAGGGCCUCGACCACGCCAUCGGCGUCACGGUCGUGAAGCCCAUCUUCGAGCGAACCAAGGAGAGCGACGAGCAUCUGGGCUGGGUGUUCCCCGCCGCCGCCGAUGAGGAGCCCGGCGCCGAGCCCAACCCUCUCAACGGCGCCCGGAGCGUGAGGGAGCUCUACGAGAUCGCCAGCUCCAACUACGCCGGGAAGCCAACCAUCCCCGUGCUGUGGGACAAGCAGCUGAAGAUGGUGGUGAACAACGAGAGCUCCGAGAUCAUCCGGAUGCUCAACGCCGAGUUCAACGGCAUCGCCAGGAACCCCGGGCUGGACCUCUGA